AUGUCGACUAUGUUUGGCGCCUUGAACCGCUUCAUCUCACGGCUUGAUGCCGCGCCAGAGGACCAAAACUCUGCGACACAAGGCGCGUAUGGCUUCCAGGUGCUUAGGAACAACAAUCCGGAGAUACCCCUGGACCCAUGGUUCGACUUUGUCAUUGGCAUCAACGGGCGCACGAUUGACAAUCCGGAUCCCAAUUUAUUCGCGACUGAGGUGCGCAACUGCGCUGGCUCCCCUCUAAGCUUGGGUGUCUUCAGCGCAAAGGGUCAAAAGAUCCGAGAGAUCUACAUUCCCAUCCCUGCCGAAAAACCCACCCUGGGCAUCUCCCUCCAAUGGACACCCCUUUCCGUGACGGAAGACGUCUGGCACAUCCUCGACGUCGCGCCCAACUCUCCCGCCGACGUAGCAGGCCUGCUUCCGUACGGCGACUACGUGAUCGGCAGUCCUGAAGGCCUGGUCCGCGGUGAGUCUGGUUUAGGCGAACUCAUCGAAGACUACAUCAACCGGCCGCUCCGCCUAUUUGUGUACAACCAAGAGUACAACGUCACUCGUCCCGUUACUAUUACUCCGUCGCGCGGUUGGGGCGGCGAAGGUGCGCUGGGAUGCGUGCUUGGCUUCGGCGCUCUUCAUCGCGUUCCCGCCGAGUUGGAGGAACCGCCGCAGGCACCAGGUGAAACGCUGUUUUCCACCGGCAGCGCCUCUUUCGAUGAGAAGCGUCCCCUGUCAUCAUCCGCGAGUAACCUCCCUCCUGCUCAAGUCGGUGCUCCGUCAGAGCUUUUUGUACCAGCGAACAUGGCGUUGCCGUUAAAAUCAUCGCCUCCACAGGCUGGUGCGCCGCCGAAAAAAGGCAAGCAGAGAGCGCACCAUGCGCAUAUCAGUCCGAGCGGGGGCGGCGGUUUAGACGACUAUUUCAAGGAAGGCGAGCAGAAGAGUGCUGCGGAGGACUUUGCGCCCAAGAGGGAGGGCAGUGUGCCUCCGCCGCCGAAGGUUGGAGGGCCGCCGCGAGGUCCGCCCAAGAGCGCGACGCCGGUGCAGAAUGAGGAGCCCACGCCGGCAGAGCCGUAG